AUGAAAUCAAAACUUGUUCAAAUCGAUGAAGGAGCUGAUGAAUCAAGUGCCGAUGAAGAUCGAGUAUUUUGUAAUGCAACAAAUGAUUCAUCAAAUGAUAAAAUGCCGUCAACAAAAUCUAUUCAUAAGUCUUUAUCAAUAAAAUCUAAAAAUAACACAAAAGCUUCUUCAAUGAAUGCAUUUCAAACUGAACAUCGAAAUGAAUCAUCACAAUCUUCGAAUAGUCAAAUAAUUAUCAAUACUCAACGUCGAAGUAUCGACAAUGAUCAAAAUGAUGCUACAGUAAUCGAUAGUUCGAGCUCAGGACAACAAGAAAGAUUAUUUGAUUUAAGCAACACCGAACUAUUGUCUCGAUACGAAUAUCUGUCAAAAAAAUGUAAUGAGCUUCAAAAAGAUAAUGCUGAUUUAUCACGUGAAUGUGAUCGUAUGACAAAGGAGAUUCAAAUGUUGAAAAGAACAACGAUGCCCAUACCUGAUGCCGCAGGACGUCAGUGGUUUAUCAAUAUGGGAAAGUAUUUUGCCAAUAAAGCACCCGAAUCAGAUAUUUCAAAAUAUGCAACUGCUUUGGAUGUAGAUCGACGAGAUCUAAUUGAUUGUAUAGAAGAUACAACAUCAAAUACAGCCCGACAAGUAAUUCGACUUUUAUAUUCAUCAAAUCAAUUGUUAACUAUGAAAGGAACACAAGUACCGAAAGCUACACGAUCAGUAAUUAAAGAAUUUGCUGAAUCACAAAAAGGUCCGAUAUCAAAACGCCAAUUUAAUGAAGCUAUUAAUGGUGUAUUUCGAUCAACAAAAUGUGAAGUCAAGAGAAAAAAGAAGAGAGAAGGUGACUUAAUAGCAUCAGAAAGUAACAACAACGUUGGCAAACACAUCAUCUGUCAGAAUAAAAGCUAUAAAAAUUCAAAACAAAUGAUGAAUAAGCAUCAACAUUCAACAUCAACUGAUUUUAAUUCCAAUGAAGAAAAUCAUAAUGAUGAAGAAGAUUCAACAGAUAAUUAA